AUGUACAAAUUAAGUAUUUUCGCAACAGCUCUCUUCGUGGGGUCUUCCUUCACUUCCUUCGCCCCCAUCAAUGUUGACACCGCGACACAUAUCCCAACAUACAUCAAUACCACCGCCUCAGGUGCCAAAGUCGCUCUUUACAACAACAUCCGCUUCGCCCAACCACCAAUAGGCAAUCUACGUUUCCGCAAGCCGCGAACGCCACCGCCGACUCAAGACGGCAUCCAAGAUGGUCGGGAUCGGCUCUUCUCGAGCGACUGUGUGUGCGCGGCGCCUUCGCAGGUGCCCUUCCCGGGGUUGAAUGGAACAACGUGGGGAACGGAAGACUGCCUCUUCUUGAAUGUCUGGGUGCCGGAAGGUGUGAAAGCGGGCGAUAAUGUCCCGGUACUGUAUUGGAUGUAUGGGAGCGCGUACGCGUUUGGGAGUAAGGAUCUCUUGGUAGAUGGGAUGGGAUUGAUGGAUUUAAUUCGACAACCGCAGGAGAGGUUUAUCUAUGUUUCUGGAAAUUAUCGUAUGGGAAUAUAUGGAUGGACCUCCUCCGCCGAUGAAGACAUGGAUGCGAAUGUCGGACUUCAUGAUGGAAUUGCUGCGCUGGAAUGGACAAAACAGUACAUUGCGCGGUUUGGCGGUAACCCAAAUGACAUCACUGUCCUUGGUGAAAGUGCUGGCGCAGCGAUGGUUGAAUUGAUGCUCGUGGCCGAAGAGGGAAUGUGGCCUCUGCCGUUCCAGAAGGCAUUUAUUUCAUCACCGGCACUUCUAUCAAGACGAAAUGUGACAGCUCGCCGCGAGUACGUCUGGCAGCAGGUGCUCAACAGCACUAAUUGUUCGUCCCUCGACUGCAUGAGACAAGCAUCACCCAGCACCCUCGAAGCAGCAAACAAAAAUGUCCUCUUGGAUAUCAAAAGCGAAAGUGGCGGUGGUAGCUUCGGUCCAGGAAUGGGUAUUAGUCCUUUCCCAGAUGGCAAAUUCAUCACCGACGCAGCCAUGGUCCUUUUCAAGCAGGGCAAGUACAAUCGCCAAUUAAAAUCCGCGAUCAUCGGCAACAUGGCCGCCGAAGGGUUGAUCACGGCUCCGGAAAUCACCACACCGAGUGAGCUUGCUUCGCUUAUCCGGUUGGCAUUCCCCAACGCCAAUGCAUCUAGUAUUCGGGCUCUCCGAAAGAUGUAUCUGUAUCCAGACUCGGAGUUGCUCCAAGUUGGCCAGGACUGGGUGACGGAUGCUGUUUUCGCAUGUAACGCAGAAGUUAUGGCAAAGGCAUAUGGCCCGCGUGCGCAGAGAUACGUUUUCUCUAUUCCGCCAGCUGCUCAUGGUCAGGAUCUAGAGUAUAUUUUCUUCAGAGACAACACGACAACUCCAGUUUCGAGCCCGACUCUUGCGCGACAGUUUCAGCAAGAACUACUUUCUUUUGUGCGAUACGGAGCAGGAAAUUCAUCGGACUGGCCUUUGUAUGGGAAUUCCUCCAACAUUGCGAAUGUCACGAUGAAUGGACUACAAGUGCAAAAGGAUCCCUGGGCUGAGAAGCCGACCUGUGAGAUGAUUAUGCAGCUGUUAGAGGACCGGGCGAGUGGAGCAUAA